AUGCCGCAGACGUGCACGGUGGAGAGCCCGGCGCUGGACAUUGAGGCGAGCGAGCUCUGGCGGGCGCGAACGACGGAGGAUUUCAUGGCGUGCGAACGCGAGGUUUUCAACGACGUCGCCUCCGCGAUCGUGCUCUACGAACGUCGAGACCACGAGGCGGGCGCAUCGUCCACGGCGCGAUACGUCGUGCGAACGCGCACGCGGGUGACGAUGCCGUACCUGGCGCGCAAGGCGCUCGGGUCGCGGAGCGGGGCGAGCGUGGACGUCUUCGACGAUUACGUCGUGGAUGAGAUUCAGGGCACGGCGCCAUUUUUAUACGAGGCGUGCUUACGGUCGUACACCACGCACCUGUCGCCCUCGAACAGCGUGAUUCGGGGCGUCGUGCGGUGCAAGUCUGUGGACGGCGGCGCUCGAUGCGAGCUCGCGGUGCGCGUCGAGUGCGCGGUCAAGGCGUCGGGACCGUUCGGGAGCGCGAUCGAGCGAGCGAUGAUUGGGACGAUGCGAGAAAAGUUGCACGCCUACCCACGGGUGGUGGAGCUCUACAAGACUAGGAGGGCGUUGGUGGAGACGCGCCGCGCCGCGCGCGCGUUGGCGCGGGCGAAAUCCACCGAAGGCGAAGAAUUUCAUUCCGUGAUUAACACGAGCGACGACGAGUCGGCGUACGAAUCCGACAUCGGUGGCGACGCCGCUUUACGUCGUCACGGCAACGCCGAGACGUCACGCAUUGGUGAUUCCACCGCCGACGCGCCUGAUUCGGUGACUGUAACCGCGGACGCGAGUCGCGCGUGUUGCGUCCCGCGACGCGGCUCAAAGACUAGAAAAAUCCCAUAG